UUUAAUUGUUAAAAUAGCCACACUCCCACAUUCACAAUUCAAAAUAACUGGAAAAAUGGAGCAGACCUUCAUCAUGAUCAAGCCUGAUGGUGUCCAACGUGGCCUGGUUGGUGAGAUUAUUGGAAGAUUCGAGAAGAAAGGUUUCUCUUUGAAAGGCUUGAAGUUAAUUACUGUGGAUCGUGCUUUUGCUGAAAAGCACUAUGCAGACCUGUCUGCAAAGCCGUUCUUCAAUGGGCUCGUUGAAUACAUUGUUUCUGGCCCCGUUGUUGCAAUGGUGUGGGCAGGUAAGAGUGUAGUUACAACCGGUAGGAAGAUAAUUGGAGCAACAAACCCGUUGGAGUCUGCUGCUGGCACCAUUCGUGGAGAUUAUGCUAUUGACAUUGGGAGGAACGUUAUUCAUGGAAGUGAUUCUGUUGAGAGCGCUAAGAAGGAAAUUGCUCUUUGGUUUCCUGAAGGUGUCGCGGAGUGGCAGAGCAGCCUUCACUCUUGGAUCUAUGAGUAAAAGAUUUUACGAGUUGACUAUCAAUAGCCCGUCCAUAUGCACACAGUGUGUAUCUCAUAGUGUCACCUAUGUGUAUCAACAACCCGUCUAUCUCUAUAUAUCUUUCCAAACUGCCUGAUGUUUGAGUAGAAAUAUUGUUGUUUCAGACUUGUUUCCAUUUGCUAGUUCAAGAAAACAGAGAUAUGAUAUGAGCAGAAUUAGUGUAGUCAUUUCACUUGAAGCUGUA